AUGGCGUCGGGGGUGCGGAUCAACGCGCUGAACCUGAUGGUGGUGGUGCUGGGUCCAGGGGCUCGCCGGAGCAUCGCCGGCGUCGAGCUCCUGCGGAGGAGGCGGCGGUCAGCAAGAAGAAAAGGAACAGGCAAAUCUAAUAGGGUGCUACCCGGGGCCGUUACACUGUUCUUGCAGCUGUGGUCCUGGGAGAGGUUCCCGAUUGGUCGGCCAGACAUAGAUGCUGAGCGCCCUUUCGGGGCAAACGAGUUGGAUGAUCCGGACCACAUCGAUAUGCCUACUUUCGGCAUACUUUGGACACGUCGCGAGAGACGAUUUGCUCGCGACCAGGUCAGGAACUGCUACCCUGCGUUCACCGAGCAGUUCGACGUGCUCGAUGAUAGGGCGGUGAUCUGGCAGCCCUAUAUGGCCGCCGCCGUGCAUGCAAGGUACCCCGGCGGGAUCUCUAACCUCUGCUAUAGAGAUUGUGCGUACUGGAUGACACAGUCGAAGAUCAUCUUCGAUGUGUCCGUGGAGAUAAUGUCCCAGCAGAGGAUCAUGAGGCAGUUCGGCUCUCGGCAGCUGGUCGAUCCUCCACCACCGAUAGCACCUCUCCCUGCCUACGUCCACAAGUACAAUAGGAAGGGUACUAGCCACUCCUCGACAUGGUGGCUUCAGCGCGUUGGCUCGUAUGUUGCUGAGUGGGAUGGCGCGACAACACACGUCUGGCCGAACGAUGAGCAGUUUGACCCACAGGAGUUUGACGCAUAUCUGCAGAGGUACACUGCAGCCACGCGAGUGCGCCUCAUCCAGCCAACUGAUCCAGCUGAGGCGCCACCUGCGUCUAUGCACGAUAUGUACCCGAUUCAGUCCACAGCCGGUAGUCGACAGCAUGCGGGUCAGCUGACUGCAGACUUACAGGAUGAAGUCGCUCGGUACACACGUCAAGUGUCCAGUGCGCCUCUUCUGCAGCGUGACCAACAUGUGUCAUGGCUGAGACGACUCGAGGACAAGCUACGCGGGAUCUACUCGGCUAUCACGUGCAGCCGUAGUUCCGACGUCGUUCAGCACCACCUCCUUCCACCGCGACCCUCCACACAGCAGCAGCGACGGCCACAUCUCACACCGACCGUGACACCCAGACCACCGCCUCCUGGCCGGGCAGGAGGUUCGUCGUGGCAGCAGCACACUCCUUCCGUCGACGACUAUCAGUACCAGCAACACGGAUCACGGCCUCGUCUCACGCCGACGGCGACACCCAGACCACCACCUCCUGACCAGGCAGGAGGUUCGUCGUGGCAGCAGCAUCACACUCCUUCCUUCGACGACUUGCAGUACUAUCAGCAGCAAGCUGCUUUCGACCAGUGGCAGCAGCAGCAAGCCCCUUUCAUGGGAGGAGCAGGAUACACACAGGGUAUGUAG